GGAAUUCUGCAUGUAUCUCAUCUCAUGCAACCGAAAGAAGAGCAGUGUUAUAAAUAGGUGGCUCGUGGUCGCCACAGUUAAGCAAAGCCACUAAGCUAGUAAUCCUUGCAGUGAAAGAACACAGCAAGCUUACAUACGUAGCUAGAUAAAUUUGUGAGCCAUGGCUUCCAGCUCCAGCUGUAGGGCCUGGCAUUGCUUGCUUGCUCUCUUCCUCCUCACCUCCGCCGCGUAUGGGCAAUUGUCGCCGUCGUUCUACGCUAAGAGCUGCCCGACGCUGCCGCUCAUCGUGCGCGCCACCAUGAUCAAGGCGCUCCUUGCCGAGCGCCGAAUGGGCGCCUCCCUACUCAGGCUCCACUUCCACGACUGCUUUGUCCAAGGCUGUGACGGGUCCAUUCUCUUGGAUGAUGUGGGUAGCUUCGUGGGCGAGAAGACCGCCUUUCCGAACGUGGAUUCAGUGCGGGGCUACGAGGUGAUCGACGAGAUCAAGAAGAACGUGGAGCUGCUCUGCCCUGGCAUCGUCUCCUGCGCCGACAUCGCCGCCCUCGCAGCAAGGGACGGCACUUUCCUCCUAGGCGGGCCCAGCUGGUCGGUGCCGCUCGGCCGGCGGGACUCAACGACGGCCAGCCUGAAUGAGGCGAACACCGACCUCCCGCCGCCCAGCUUAGACCUGAACGGGCUCAUCGCGGCGUUCGACAAGAAGCAGCUGAACCCGCGCGACCUCACGGCGUUAUCCGGUGCGCACACCAUCGGCUUCUCGCAGUGCCUCAACUUCCGCGACCACAUCUACAACGGCACCAACAUCGACCCGGCGUUCGCCACGCUGCGCAAGCGCAACUGCCCCGCCCAGGCCCCCAACGGCGACAAGAACCUGGCGCCGUUCGACGUGCAGACGCAGCUCCUCUUCGACAACGCCUACUACCGCAACCUGGUAGCCAAGCGCGGCCUGCUCAACUCCGACCAGGUGCUCUUCAACGGCGGCUCCCAGGACGCGCUGGUUCGCCAGUACGUCGCUAACCCGGCGCUCUUCGCCUCUGACUUUGUGACGGCGAUGAUCAAGAUGGGGAACAUCAAGCCGCUCACCGGAACCGCCGGCCAGAUUAGGCGCAACUGCAGGGUCGUCAACAGCUGAUCCGUCCGUCGUCUCAUCAAUAUACGUGUUACAUGUAUAUAUAGUCGUAAAAUCUAAAAUAUGUACGUAAAGUUUGGUUGGCUACGUACCAACCAGGUAGCAUGCAUGUCAGAAUAAGAGCCGUUUGGUUCAGAUAAUGCAUAGGUAAGUAGCCCUCAAGCUCCAGGGUUGUAAGAUAGUUGCUUCACCCAACUAUUUAUGACGCAGUCCGGUAAUGAUUUUUCAGCAAACUGAAACCAAA